GCAAGGGGAGAACGUGUCGCUGGCCGGGGAUCCACGCCGCCACGGGGGACAGUGCCACGCGAGGAGGGGGCUCCGGCCGGGAGACGUCACGGAGUGGAUCCAGGGCCGUGGUGCCCAGAACCUGGCACAAUAUUGACCGUCCCUUCGCCAUGGACAGCUGCUGAGCGUGGGCUUCCUUCUGGGCCCCGACGCCAUCCCAGAUCCGAGGCCCCCCCAUCGAGACACAGCUGCGUAUCUUCCCACCUUGGAAGCCAGGCAAACUCCAUCCUCUGUGCUCCAGGUCGGGGCUGGCGUGUCCCGCUCCCGCCUUUCAGGGCCGGCUCUGAGAAGGGAGGCAGCAAGUGAACGUGGAAAGCAGGGCAGGGCAGGGCAGCGCCCGGCUGGCCGAAGUUGGAUUGGGUUUACCGGAGACCAGCUGAGAGUCGGUUCCUUUCGCCCGGGGCUUGGAAUGCUGGGAUCCGUCAAAAUGGAAUCGCACGACAUCUCCGAGUGGAACGCGUAUUACAGCGAACCCACGGAGGUCUAUCCAUCCGUGAGCACCAUGACCUCCAGCCUGGGGCCGAUGAACACCAUCAACUCCUACAUGACGCUCAACUCGCUUAGUUCCCCCAGCUCCAUUAACAUGACCUACCCGAACAGCCCUUCCCUCACUGGGCUGACCAGCUCCACCAGCCCCAUGGGCCUUCCCACUAUGACGUCACCUGUCAGCCCGGUGCUGACGCCACUGGGGACCCAGGCACCCACCAUCAACUCCCUCUCCCCCUACCCGAACGUGAGCCAGUCCCUGGCCCCACUGGGGUACCCAGCCUCGAGCAUCAACCGGCCCAAGGAAAUCAACAAGUCGUACCGGCGCACGCUGACUCAUGCCAAGCCCCCAUAUUCCUAUAUCUCCCUCAUCACCAUGGCCAUCCAGCAGGCCCCCAGCAAGAUGCUGACCCUCAACGAGAUCUACCAGUGGAUCAUGGACCUCUUCCCGUAUUAUCGGGAGAACCAGCAGCGCUGGCAGAACUCCAUCCGCCACUCGCUCUCCUUCAACGACUGCUUCGUCAAAGUGGCCCGCUCCCCGGACAAACCUGGCAAAGGCUCCUACUGGGCCCUGCACCCCAACUCCGGCAACAUGUUCGAGAACGGCUGCUACCUGCGGCGCCAGAAGCGCUUCAAGAUCGAAGACAAGGCCAAGAAACCCAACGCCAAGCCGUCCGGCAACCAGGAGCAGGCUCCCAAACACCCUGAGCGGCUCCAGGAAGGCCAAAGCCCCAACACAGCUUCCGAAGGGGCCGAGUCAGGCCACUCAGAUGCCUCCCAUGGUUCUGAGGAGCAAAGGGGCCUGGUCCAGUUGGACUGCUCUGGUGUGCAGGGUUCAUCCCCGGCCUCCGAGGCCUCCCCCAUCUCUCAGCCCAUGAAUAGCCACUACUUCCCCCCCUCCAUCACCAAUCUGGACCUCCCGAACGACCUCAAAAUGGACCCUCAGUACAACUUCAAUCACCCCUUCUCCAUCACCAACCUGAUGUCCUCUGAGCAGAGCCACAAGAUCGACCUGAAGGCCUAUGAGCAGGCCAUGGCCUACAGCGGCUACGGCUCGCCCCCUGGGCCGGACGGCAAACACGCCUACGAGACGGCCACUUCGCUCAGCGAAACCGGCUCCUACUACCAGAGCCUGUACAGCCGCUCCCUGCUCAAUGCCUCGUAAUGGCCCCCCUCUGGAGAGCCAAGGCCGCUUGUGGAGAUCGGGGGCGAGGGGCGGAUGCCGUUCCCCCACCUACCCACCCAAGUGUAAGACGUUCCUUUCCAUUGUCCACCAGGCACGACCUGGGGAAAGGAACGAGAGACCAGCUCCUGUGUCGGGCACUGUGUAGGCCCCUUGCCAUCCUGUGACCAGGGGCUCCUUUUCUCGGUGUGGAAAAUACCCUCCCCCUCCCCACCUCCACCCCCGCCCUCCAAACCUUUCAAGGGAGCAGGGCAAAGUCUCUCCCCAAGGUAAUGGCCAGGUGGGGUCAACACAUUUCACAUCUCCCCUUGUCCUGGCCACCUCCUGGGACACCGUGCCAGCCAGUCACCAGACCAGCUGAGAUCCUGCCCAUUGGUUCUGUGCCAUUAGCUACCAGAACAGUGCCGCUGAGCUCAGCUGCAAUGGAGGGUCCUCCGCAGCCUUGUCUGUUUCAAACGUGUCCCAGAAGAGCUGUACAUCCAGCCCCUGGCCUUGAACUCGGAACCUGGGAGCAGCCCUUGUAGUUCCCAAAGCAUAUGGAGUUCUCUGCCAAAAUGUUACAGUUCCCAAGAGCUUCUCCAGGCAAUAUCCCCAAGCCCUGUAGAUCCACACAUGGCAGGAUUCCACUGUUACGUUCAAGGGGAUCAGUUAUGCCGCAGACAGAUUGGGCCCCGUGAGUUGUGAAGCCUGGGGCGGGGGGAGGAAUUGUUCUAGAUUUUUGUUGUUGGUGUUUUGUUUUUUUUUUGUAAAUGGCUUUCUAUUUAAAUAUUUGCUUUGGAAAAGGGGUUAAUAGAGUCUGUUUUAAUAUAUCAUACUUUAGAGAGGGAUUUGUUU